CCCUAAUUUUUUUUUUUUUCUUGAGCGCCUCUUACGGGCCUGCUUACUUUCACAUACUCUGUGGUUCAGUUUCUAGGGGUUUACAGAGCCUUUUGUGAAGUUUCAUGAAAACGUUGACCGUUUCUCCCCCAAAACGGAAAAGGCCGAAUGCGCACCUUUUGUGUACAUUUGCAAGGGAAUUCAGAGCCCUACCCCGCCCACCCCCCCCACUCCCAUUCACCCAUCCACGGACCCAUUGUCAUUUUCUCCCUUCUUUUGAGCUGUAUGACUUUGGCUUUUAAGAUCCUUUUCCCACCAACCCUCCGUGCACUCAGAAAAAAAGAAUUGUUCCUAUUCCGAGAACAUCACCGGCCUGACAUAAGACACUUUGGCCAGUGGUCAGAGACAGUUCUUUGUGGACAGCACCUCCUCCAGAGAAGAAAGCCUGUUCCGUCCUUCCAGAAAAGCAACCUAAGACCACGUGCCACCUGCCUUGUUUUCUUGCCAGGAUCGCAUGUGGGACGCUGCAGUGGCCCCUGUGAGAUGGCAGAGCAACGCUUCUGUGUGGACUACGCUAAGCGUGGCACCGCUGGCUGCAAAAAAUGCAAGGAAAAGAUUGUCAAGGGCGUAUGCCGAAUCGGCAAAGUGGUGCCCAAUCCCUUUUCAGAGUCGGGGGGCGAUAUGAAAGAGUGGUACCACAUUAAAUGCAUGUUUGAGAAACUGGAGCGGGCCCGGGCCACCACAAAAAAAAUUGAGGACCUCACCGAGCUGGAAGGCUGGGAAGAGCUGGAAGAGAACGAGAAAGAGCAGAUAAGUCAGCACAUUGCAGAUCUGUCUUCCAAGGCAGCAGGCACACCAAAGAAGAAAGCUGUUGUCCAGGCUAAGUUGACAGCCACUGGCCAGGUGGCAUCUCCAGUGAAAUGUGCUUCAUUUGUCACCAAUUCUAAUCCCCGGAAGUUUUCUGGCUUUUCAGCCAAGCCCAACAACUCUGGGGAAGCCCACUCCAGCCCUACCCCCAAGGCCCCUAAGACAAGUCUGUCCUCAAGCAAAUGUGACCCAAAACACAAGGAUUGUCUGCUGCGUGAGUUUCGGAAGUUGUGUGCCAUGGUGGCUGAAAAUCCUAGCUACAACACGAAAACCCAGAUCAUCCAGGACUUCCUUCAGAAAGGCUCAGCAGGAGAUGGUUUCCACGGCGACGUGUACCUAACAGUGAAGCUGCUGCUGCCGGGUGUUAUUAAGAGUGUUUACAACUUGAAUGAUAAGCAGAUUGUGAAGCUUUUCAGCCGCAUUUUUAACUGCAACUCAGAUGACAUGACACGAGACCUAGAGCAGGGUGACGUGUCAGAGACAAUCAGAGUCUUCUUUGAGCAGAGCAAGUCUUUCCCUCCAGCUGCCAAGAGCCUCCUUACCAUCCAGGAGGUGGACGAGUUCCUCAUGCGGCUCUCCAAGCUCACCAAGGAGGACGAGCAGCAACAGGCCCUGCAGGACAUUGCCUCCAGGUGUACAGCCAAUGACCUUAAGUGCAUCAUCAGGUUGAUAAAGCAUGAUCUGAAGAUGAACUCAGGUGCAAAACACGUGUUAGAUGCCCUAGACCCCAAUGCCUAUGAAGCCUUCAAAGCCUCACGCAACCUGCAGGAUGUGGUGGAGCGGGUCCUCCGCAACGAGCAGGAGGUGGAGAAGGAGCCAGGCCAGAGACGAGCUCUGCGUGUGCAGGCCUCUCUGAUGACCCCGGUGCAGCCCAUGCUGGCUGAGGCCUGCAAGUCCAUCGAGUACGCCAUGAAGAAGUGUCCAAACGGCAUGUUCUCUGAGAUCAAGUAUGACGGGGAGCGAGUCCAGGUGCAUAAGAAGGGGGACCACUUCAGCUACUUCAGCCGCAGUCUCAAGCCCGUCCUGCCACACAAGGUGGCCCACUUUAAGGACUUCAUCCCCCGGGCUUUCCCUGGGGGCCACAGCAUGAUCUUGGACUCUGAGGUGCUCCUGAUCGACAACAGGACAGGCAAACCACUGCCCUUUGGGACUCUGGGAGUGCACAAGAAAGCUGCCUUCCAGGAUGCUAAUGUCUGCCUGUUUGUGUUUGAUUGUAUCUACUUCAAUGAUAUCAGCUUGAUGGAUAGGCCUCUGUGUGAGCGGCGGAAGCUUCUUCAUGACAACAUGGUUGAAAUCCCCAACCGGAUCAUGUUCUCAGAAAUGAAGCAAGUCACAAAAGCUUCCGACUUGGUGGACAUGAUCAACAGGGUGAUCCAGGAGGGGCUGGAAGGGCUGGUGCUGAAGGACGUGAAGGGAACUUACGAGCCUGGAAAGCGCCACUGGCUGAAAGUGAAGAAGGACUAUUUGAACGAGGGCGCCAUGGCCGACACAGCUGACCUGGUGGUUCUUGGGGCCUUCUACGGGCAAGGGAGCAAAGGUGGCAUGAUGUCUAUCUUCCUCAUGGGCUGCUAUGACCCGAGCAGCCAGAAGUGGUGCACGGUCACCAAGUGUGCAGGAGGCCACGACGAUGCGACGCUCGCCCGCCUGCAGACGGAACUGGACAUGGUGAAGAUCAGCAAGGAUCCCAGCAAGAUACCCAACUGGCUGAAAAUCAAUAAGAUCUAUUACCCUGACUUCAUCGUUCCAGACCCAAAGAAAGCUGCUGUGUGGGAGAUCACAGGGGCUGAAUUCUCGAAAUCUGAGGCUCACACAGCCGAUGGGAUCUCCAUCCGAUUCCCCCGCUGCACCCGAAUCCGUGAUGAUAAGGACUGGAAGUCUGCCACGAACCUCCCCCAACUCAAGGAGCUGUACCAGCUGUCUAAGGAGCGGGCAGCCUUCGCCGUCACGGCCGGGGACGAGGGGAGCUCCGCCACAGGGGGCAGCAGUGGGGAGAACGAGGGCACCUCAGGGCCGGCUGUGCCUCAUGCGGCCCCGAGAGCCUCCCCCAGGCAGCCUCCCACCAGCGCCAAGAAGGCUGGGGGCAAGGCGGGCGGCUGCACCAACAGAGGUGGCAACCCGCCAGCUGCAAAGCCCUCCCCCGUGAGAGUGGGACUGAAGCGGAAGGCUCCCGACGCGACCCCAUGCCAAGCCAAGGUGCUGCUGGACAUAUUCACUGGAGUGCGGCUCUACCUGCCACCCUCCACGCCAGACUUCAGCCGCCUCAGACGCUACUUUGUGGCAUUCGAUGGGGACCUGGUGCAGGAAUUUGACGUGGGCUCAGCCACACACGUGCUGGGUGGCAGGGACAGGAAUCCUGAGGCCCAGCAGGUCUCUCCAGAGUGGAUUUGGGCGUGUAUCCGGAAACGGAGGCUGGUGGCUCCUUGCUAGGACUGCCGCCUGCCCCUCCCUCGGGUGUACUCCCCACCGCACUGCUUCUGGACUGGGCGCCGGGCGGGCGGGCGCCAGAGGAACCCAGGGUGGGAGCCACUCUCUCCUCCAAGCUAUGCAUCUUCCAGAGCCCACCAGCCACGCGUGCUGUCUUCCAGACUGGAGUGAGUUGCUGUGUACCACCAGUGAAGUCAGGUUCUCCUGCCAGUUUACAUAGGUCUUUCAGAUCUGGGUGCUGGUUUUGACCUUUUUUUUUUUUUCUUUUCUUUGAAAAGAAGUUUUUAAAAAAAGAAAAAUGGAACCCCCUCGGAGUUACCUUUGUCCUUCCCCAAACACCUCCUGUAAUUGUGGUGAUUAAGGAAUGGAGGGGAGGCUGGCUGUUGAAGUUCCCCUUCUACUUCCAGGCUCCUUUUAAAGUUGUAUUUAAAAGAGUAUCCUCAGAAAUGCUUAUAGUGGGCAAAACUUGUAUUCAGCCUGGCCAUUUUUGCCAGGAAUGAAAUUGCAUCAGAAAGAAAACAAAAUGGAUUUUUA